AUGGAGCAUACACCUCAGCAGCGAGCCAGACCCGAGUCCAUUGCUGCUCGCAACUUUUCUGAUGAUCUGGACUCUUUGUUUGGCUUGAACUCGGGCACGACUCUCGGCAACCUAUCAUUCACCGUUGAGGAGAAGAAGCGUACAGUGUCGACCCGAGAAGAAGAACUCGCAGCGAUUGAAGCCCGUCUUCGCGAAACAGAGCAACGCCUAGCACGAGCUGCCAACAGUCCCGACCGCGAACCCACAUCCCAUCAAGCUGCACCUGGCGCCCAGCCAUCUUAUACCUCAAGAGACGCGGUCCCUAGACAAGUCUCUGGUUACCAAUCAUACCCCGAACAACAGUACCAAGCGAGACCACCAAACAACAGAGAAGAGUCGUUCCGACCUCACAUUCCUGGUGCUAUGCCCCAGACACCCACACCACACUACGGCCAGGGACAGGACUAUGUGACAGUCGAUCGUACUAGAUGA